CGACGUGGCAGUAGUUUGCGUUCGUCUGCGCUGCGGCCCGUUGUUGGCUGCCGCAAGAAAACUAGAAACAGAACCUGCCGCUGUCAAAACUCUUGGGAUAGAAGUUGCGUUUUCAAUGGAUAUCAGCUUUGAAGGCUAAUGCUCUGGUUAUAAGUGUUGCAGACCUCCCGCGCCCAGCUUGUCAGAGUUCAAAAAUGACGAACUUGUAUAUCUUGGCUUUGGUCUGCUUGUUUUGGGGAGUGAGAGGAGAUGAACACAACCAUCAAUAUGAAGACAAUGAUGAAGUAGUUCUCUGGAUGAAUACUGUUGGCCCUUAUCACAACCGCCAAGAGACCUAUGGGUACUUCACUUUACCAUUCUGCACUGGGCGUAAAGACUCCAUCAGCCAUUACCAUGAAACCAUUGGAGAAGCUCUGCAGGGGGUUGAGCUGGAAUUCAGUGGUCUUAAGAUGGAAUUCAAAGCUGAUAUUUCAAGAACUACGUAUUGUGAACUAGAGCUGAAUGAAGAAAAAUACAAGCAAUUUGUUUAUGCUGUCAAAAACCAGUAUUGGUACCAGAUGUACAUAGAUGACCUUCCAAUAUGGGGCAUUGUUGGUGAAGCUGAAGAAAAAGAUGGCACUACCAAUUAUUACAUUUGGACACACAAGAGGUUUGAUGUGGGUUAUAAUGGAAAACAGAUUGUCGAUGUCAACUUGACCAAAGAAAUCAAGCAUAAACUUACACCAGAUGCUGUCAUUCCCUUCACAUAUGAAGUCAAUUGGAAGCCAUCAAGUACUCUGUUUGAAAACCGGUUUGACAAAUACUUGGAUCCUAACUUCUUCCAGCACAGAAUUCACUGGUUCAGCAUUUUCAACAGCUUUAUGAUGGUUAUUUUCCUUGUUGGACUGGUGUCAAUGAUUUUGAUGAGAACUUUGCGCAAGGAUUAUGCCCGCUACAGCAAAGAUGAGGAAAUGGAUGAUAUGGAGCGUGAUUUGGGAGACGAGUAUGGAUGGAAGCAAGUCCACGGUGAUGUUUUCCGACCACCUUCUCAUCCACUGUUCUUUUCGGCUUUAAUUGGUACUGGUUACCAGGUGACCGUUGUUACCACCUGCGUCAUUGUGUUCGCAAUUCUUGGUGAACUGUAUACUGAGCGAGGAUCGAUGCUGAGCACUGCUAUAUUUGUUUAUGCUGCUUCAUCCCCUGUCAAUGGAUACUUUGGAGGUUCCCUGUAUGCUAGAUUUGGCGGUCGAACAUGGAUUAGGCAGAUGUUGGUCUCAGCAUCUCUGCUCCCAGUUCUUGUCUGUGGCACAGCAUUCUUUAUCAACUUCAUUGCAAUUUACUAUCAUGCGUCUCGUGCUAUUCCAUUUGGAACAAUGGUUGCAGUGACAUGCAUUUGUCUGUUUGUUAUUUUGCCUUUAACUCUGGUGGGCACAGUCCUUGGACGGAACUUGAAUGGGCAGCCAGACUUUCCCUGCAGAAUUAAUGCAGUCCCUCGGCCCAUUCCAGAAAAGAAAUGGUUCAUGGAACCUCUGGUCAUUAUUACACUUGGUGGAGUGCUUCCAUUUGGUUCAAUUUUCAUUGAAAUGUAUUUCAUCUUUACUUCAUUCUGGGCCUACAAGAUAUACUAUGUGUAUGGAUUUAUGCUCCUUGUUUUCCUUAUUUUAACGGUUGUCACUGUGUGUGUAACAAUUGUGUGCACUUACUUCCUGUUAAAUGCAGAAGACUACAGAUGGCAAUGGACAAGUUUUAUGGCUGCUGCCUCCACAUCUGGAUAUGUCUAUCUCUAUUCCUUUUAUUAUUUCUUCUUUAAAACCAAGAUGUAUGGACUGUUUCAGACAGCCUUUUACUUUGGUUACAUGGCAUUGUUCAGUGCAAUGCUAGGAAUUCUUUGUGGGACUGUGGGCUAUAUUGGAACCAGUGUAUUUGUUCGUAAAAUAUACUCAACUGUGAAAAUCGACUAAAUACUGCUGCCCAUGUGUCAUGUUAUGGACUGUGUGCUAAUUUGUACUGUGAAGACAGGUUAUGGGAAAGGACUGAUGAAGAAACUUAGAUCCUGUAUGUUAGAGGAACUAGAUUUUAGGGGAAUGGAUAUCAGCAAAUAGAAAAGAUUGGCAAUGCAAAUGCAGUUACUGUAUGUGGAAUUUUAUGAUACAUCAGAUUUAGAGUUCCUCUUUAAGAACCUAUUUUAACAAUUAAAAUCAUAUGAAAUAGAGAAGUUUUAGGUAUAUCUUUAAACUUGUGAAUAUUCUUGUGUGCUCUUAAAAUUUAAGAUGUUAUCACAAAAAAGACUCUGUAGGUUUUUAACUUAAGAGGAAGAUAUGCUGACUUUUUUAAAAAAAUAUGCAAGUGGUGUUUGAGAGGAGUUGUAUAUUGAUUGUACAUUGUUAACUUAAACAUUAUGAACCAUCACAAGAACUUUUGUUGAAUGUGUGAAUAUUUUGAUCUGUCUUUUUAGUGACAGAUGUGACAAUGAAGCAUUUCAAGUUGAUGUAAUGGAGCUAUUGUCUCUCAUCAGAAUGAUGACAUUGCUGUCCAUACUUUAGUUGAUGAGGGUUUCCUAGUGGUAGCAAUGUAGGCUUCUUCUGAUGAAUUGAUUAAUAAUGUGUUCAUGUGCCUCCCUCAAAUAUGAUGUUCUUCCAUUUAUUAAUUUAUGGGUUCUAAAUUGCUUACUGAAAUAACAGGGGGUUGAAAGGAAAAGUAGAGAUCCUUUUUUUUCCGCAUAAGUCCUGCUCCUUGUUUGGUUGAGUGGCCCAUAAAUCAAAUGCCCAUGCAAGGAAUAUGUGUACCCUUCUCAUAAGUUCCAAAUCUUUCUUUGUCUUAAUCUUGGCUUCAUUUUUUAAAGUUUCAAUCUUAAAACGAUUUGAUUGUUUAUUUUACAUUUUGCAAUGGAGGUUCUAUUGUGUUAAGUGAUUUUCAAAAAUUUGACUUCUUAAGAAAAGACUUAUGUAUUCCAUAACCCGUUCAAGGUUUAUUCGCAUGUAGCAAUAUGCUACUUUCUUACUGUGAUUUAACUGAUGUGUAUAUUGUGCUUGCUCGUCUAAAAGAUGUCUAAAAGAUAAUUCUCCUGUUUGCACAAAAUAUACAAGUUGUAUGUUUUAAGAGCCAUGAUUUGAGUAGUGGCAUUAUACCACAUGUUAGUAGGUUUGCACUGUUAGAUGUAUAUUAGUAUGUGAAGAGCAGGCAAUUUAUGUAAACAAGCUCUUAACCAACAGAAUUUGCACAUUACAGUAGUCCAUGUAGCACAGUUUUCUUUUUGUUUUUGUUUUUUUCUUGUCUGAAAUCUUGUCUUAACUAAAGCAAAGUUGUGCAAAGUAUCUUUGUUAGCAAUGUUGAAUACAACUUGUCGAACCCUAUAAUGAUUGUAGCUGAACUUACAGAGAGCUGAUUAUAUUUGCCCUUAAUUGUUCAAAGGAACUUGUGUACAGUAUUUCUUUGUAUUUUUUAUUGUCUUAUUGUUAUGUAAGUGCAGAAAAACCAACAAGUCAGAAUUGAAAAAAAAAAAUUAAAUUUUCUGCUCUCUUAGGGAUUGUAAAAAGUAAGCUCUACCCAUUACUUUAUUAAAAUUAAUUAUUAUCUGAGGCAUGUUUUCUGGAACAUCCUCAACCUCGCUGUAUUGACUGGCCUUCAGCAAGCUAAAGUUUUGUAUGAAUGAGCAAAAACAUUUUUAAGAAAAUACUUUGAAGGGAGGAAAACAAAGAACUUUGUGUCACUUCAUUUGCACAAAGGAAGAAAAUGUGUAAGUGUGUUAUGAAUUUUAUAAUUAGUUCAUUUUUCCACAUGUCCCACCAGAGUGCUAGAAAUGCAACCUUUAUUCUUCUGACAGGGCGUUUUUAGUCCCUCAUGUGUAGCCAUACUGCUUAACGUUUAUUUGGAUGCAUUCCCAAUGUGCUAGAUGGGUUUUAGCCAUUUUUGUUGGAGCUGUUUUGGAGUUAUUACUCCUGUAAAUUAAAUCAACUUUCUUCUUCCUCUUCUAGUCCUUAAUUAUCAAAAGCUAUCAUUGUCACAUGCCAAACAUAACUGAUAAGGCUUUGCACUCUCCCUGGUUCUAAAGCACUAGGCACUCUGCCUCACUCAACAACAGAGAAGUGUGCUUCUUUUAAAGUUAGAUUUGUGGGAACAGAAGAUUAGUAUGAAAAUAUGGUUCUCAGAAUUGGUGUAUGUGAGUGUGUUUGUGUGUGAGGGUGAAUACUGAUAAUGAGUAGCGUUACAUAGAGGAAAUUAUUUGGUGAUAUUUCCAUAGUUAGUCUCACAGUUUUGUUGUUGUCCUCUUAUGGUAGUUGUUGCAUAUGGAUUUAAGUGUGACUUUCUUAACUACUGUCUUUUUGUUGUCAUUUAAUUUAAUUAAAUGUGUCUUUAUGUAUAA